AUGACCCCUUUUAAGACCCAGCUAUCCGGAGCCCACGUCCUUGUGACAGGUGGAAAUAAAGGUAUUGGGAGGGUUAUUGUCGAAUCCUUUCUUGCCGAAGGCGCCAACGUUUCUUAUUGUUCACGAUCCGCUAGCGAAGAUGAUUUCGCCGCCUUCCACGGUGCAAUUGAAGGCGCCAAGGUAUUGGGAACAAAAGUAGAUGUCGGAAAUCAAGAAGAAGCCCGGGCCUGGGUAGAAAGUUCUGCGGAAAAGUAUGGAAGAAUCGACGUGGUAGUUGCCAACGCGUAUGCCAUUUUCCCUUCGUCUUCUAUUGAUGACUGGCAGCAAAGCUUGGAAGGAAACGUCAUUGGGCUCGUCACACUAAUCGAGACGGCGACCCCCCAUCUUGUCGCACGUGAAGGAACUGGCUCCCUGAUUGUUUUGAGCUCUGUUGCUGGGUUCGAGCUCCGUUCAUCUAACCCUACAGGUCCACAGUCAGUGGUAAAGCGUUCACAGGCAAUAAUCGCCAAAAGCUAUUCCAAGGUGCUUGGGCAGAAGGGAGUGCGUGUCAAUACUGUGACCCCUGGGCUUGUGGAAACGCCAAACCUCGUUCGAGCGGAUGGCACCGAACAGCUUAGUUCUUAUCAGUUAGGAAAAAAGUUAAAGCCGGAAUUCAUGCGCAGCAUCUUAGAUCAAGUCCCUUUGGGAAGACCAGGACAGCCGCAAGAGGUAGCCAAUGCCGUGGUAUUCCUCGCGAGUGCUCUUUCUGGCUACAUUAAUGGGGCAAACCUGCUGGUUGACGGGGGAUUCACAGUCACUCUAUAA